GACACAGACAUUCCAUGUCCUCAGAAACCUGAUCUGAGAACUGAACUGAUCAAUAUAUUGACCUAAGUUACAUUUUUUAAAUCUGUUUUGAAUCAUCCAGUUCUUUCCGUACGGCGAUGCGUCUAAGUUCGCCCAGCACGCCUUCCGGACCUUCGAUAAGAACGGUGACGGGACCAUCGACUUCCGGGAGUUUAUCUGUGCUCUGUCAAUCACCUCGAGGGGGAGCUUUGAGCAGAAACUCAACUGGGCCUUUAACAUGUAUGACUUAGACGGAGACGGCAAGAUCACACGCAUGGAGAUGCUAGAGAUUAUAGAGGCGAUCUACAAGAUGGUUGGCACUGUGAUAAUGAUGCGUAUGAACGAGGACGGGCUGACUCCCCAGCAGCGUGUGGAUAAGAUCUUCUCCAAGAUGGAUAAAGAUCACAACGAUGAGAUCACACUGGAGGAGUUCAAAGAGGCAGCCAAGAGCGAUCCCUCCAUCGUCCUACUGCUGCAGUGUGACAUGCAGAAAUAGAGGAGGCCGGGAUAGAAGAGCGGAGGGAGG